GUUCCACUAUGCCGAUCCAAUCCAGCUUGUCAAUGACGCUUGUUGACAUCACCAAGCAUUACAAAAAACACACACACGAGAAAAUUGUGUUUUCCAUCGCAAUAGUGGCCCAAAUUGAACAAUCCUUAGCAUAAAAUAACCCCGGAAACCAGCUACAACCAUACGAUCAACUCAAAGAUGUCUCGCCAAAGCACGCGCCUCGAUACGAAGAAAGUGUGAGGAGUAGUGAAACUGCGGGAUCGCCAUAGGCGUUUCGUGUUCCGUAUCCAUCUCGUUGGGUUGCGUCGUCGCUUCGGAUUGUUCACAGUAACGCGUACCGCGCCCGUUCAGUAGUGUGUUUCCGCGAUUUGGUAGGAAACCUUGCACAAGUGUUAUUUGCGUACUUGCCGGACCGUAGAUCGUAAGCAGUAGGGAUUAGUUGAGAAUUGAAAUAUAGGUGUUCAUCGGUGCAGUUCCGGUGAGGCAGUUUUGCAGCAAAACUAUGCUCACAAUGAAUAACGCAGCGGCAGCCAAUGCGCUCGGUGGCAUCACCUUCUCCGAUAUGACCGGAGCGACAGCGGGACCAGGCACCGGAGGCCUCCAACUGGUGCAGCUAAGCCAAGUCAUGCCCGAUCCGAACUCGCAGCAGCUCUUUAUGCAAAGCCUGCAGCAGCAGCUAAACGGGGGUGCACCCGCCAUACAGGUUAUACCGAUCGGAGCGCUCCCGCAGCAGACGGUAGCCUUGGCUCAAGGUCCACCAGCCGGUGCCACGAUACAAGCUGCUCCCCAGCAGCAACAGUUCGUGCAGUACACGCUGGAUGGACAGACACUGCUGUACCAAGCGCUUCCCACCCCGGAAACCGCAUAUCAGAGCGUCAAUUUGCCGAUUGUUCAGCUGCCGGCCACCCAAACGUUGGGUACCGCGGGUACGGUACCUACCUACGGGAACAUCGCCAACCUGCAAGGUGCACCGGUCACAUUCACGCAGAUUCCGACGCUCACCCACCAAGCCAUUCCGCAGCACCAUCCCCAGCAGCAUCAUCUCCACCAGCACCAUCAGCACCUUCAAGCGGCGGCCACUAUCGACGCGAGCACAUUUCAGAACCUUGUUACCGCACCGGUCACCCUGACGCCCGCUGCCACCGUUGUGCCAGUCUCACAAUCGCAAGUCCCGAUGGCCACACCCGUCACCACGGUCACUUUUGGACAGCCGUCCCAGCUGGGUAUGGGAGGGGUCGCAACGGCCAGCACCAGCAGCAGCUGUAGCAGCGUUACACCCACCGCUAGCCACAGCGACGACAUCUCCCCGGAUUGUACUCCCACUGUUGUUGGCACGGGAUCCGGCUCCGGUACGGAGCUGGAGCAGGAACCACUGUACGUCAACGCCAAGCAGUACAAGCGCAUCUUGAAGCGACGGCAGGCACGGGCCAAACUGGAAGCGAUGGGCAAGAUACCGAAACAGCGACCUAAAUAUCUGCACGAAUCACGCCACCGACAUGCGAUGAACCGGGUCCGUGGUGAAGGUGGCCGGUUCCAUUCGAAAUGAGCUGCAAUGCGAAGGAAGAUGUGCGGACGGCCAUGGACCAGAUUUCACCGAUACACAUAGACGAUACGCGAACGACGAAGGAAUACUUUUAAGCAGUCGAACUUCUUAUUUGAUUCUAGAUAACUUCUGUCGGAUUUUAUCCAGCCCCUGGAUAUGAUAGCAAGUACUAGAGUACUAGCUGGCCAUAGUGCAGACAAAACUUUUAUAAAAGAAAAUCCCUCCCCGCAGAAGAGAGAGAGAGAGAGUUAAGAGCAUAAGAAUUGAUUUGAAAGGCAAUAAUAAAUACGUUAACAUAGUUUACCCAUU